AUGGACCAUACUAGUACAGCACCAACAAUUUUGUUGGCCGACAAAUUUGGGAGUUUGAUCCUCAAGCCGGAAUGCCUAAGGAGCGAGAAGAAGUCGAAAAAGCUCGGGAGGAUUAACGGAAAAAUCGAAGAAUUCACCCUUCUUAUCAAGGAGAGUGGAAUAAAUCUACCAAGUAUUCCUCCAAUAAGACUAAGAGAAAACGAAGAUGUAACUUAUGAAGCAGUCACAACUGCUGUGAGAAAAGCUGUUCGGUUAAAUCGAGCAAUCCAAGCAAAAGAUGGUCACUGGCCAGCUGGAAAUGCAGGCGUCCACUAUUUUACACUUGCCUUGGUGCUUGGAGUGUAUGAAUGGGAAUGUUGCAACCCACUGCCUCCGGAAUUCUGGCUUUUCCCUACAUUUUUACCAUAUCAUCCAGUUACCCUCUCCACUCCUCCGACGAAGUCCACUCAGGCGCAGGUAGCUAACUCCGACGAAGACCACUCCUCCGGCGAAGAUCACUGCUCCACGAACCCAUUUAAAAAAUUCUCUAUCUUUUGCUUCUUCUUCUUCUCGUUCAGGUACUUGUAUGGUUUUGAGGCUUUUUAUUGA